GCCACUUUCACCUGCGUGCGUCAAUCAAGCUGGGAUGCACGUCGCUUUCCUGACGCGACACUUUUAUCCGAUUGGUCCAGCCUUGAUUCGGGGGCGGGUGCUCCCGCGGCUUUGGUGAAAUCCCAUUGGAUGUGAGACACGUUGGUUGACGUGACGCUACUUGGAAUUCCCGAAGUUCCCAAGUUCAGAGGAGGAGAGGAGCUGUGCUCGUGCUAAACAAAACAAAACAAAAGCAAAGGGCUUUGAAGUGGAAAACGCCGAGCGACUCAAGUGUGAGGACGCGGGGAUUUUUAAAGCUCAAUCUGUCCCGUGUGCUGUGCCAAGUUAAGCCUGACGGGGGCGAUGUCUGACAGCAGCAACAGCACAGGCAGCACAGGCUCCUCCACCAACAGCUGGACCCUCCUUUCCCCCGAGGAAGCUGCCAUUGAGAAUGUCGGGCCCGUGGACGAUGGCACAGAGAGCCUGGGGGAUGUCCCCAGUCUCUCCGAGGAGGUGGCAGGAGCUGCUGUGGAGUUCAAACCAGUUGGCAUCCCCGUAGAAACUGUACUAUCUGAAGAAGGCCACCAGGUGUGUCAAGAGACCUCUCCAGAGUCCAGUGAGGGUCCUGUCCCUUCUAGUCCAUCCCGUAUGAGCCCUCUCCCACCCAGCCUUCUUGACCCACCAGAUCUGGAUUUGGAGAGUCAGCCUCCAGUUAUCCAUGACAUUGUAACCAGUUCUCCCAGUGACAAUGAGCACCUAGGUGCCUUGCCAUUUGUCACCAACAUUGACAUGGGGGCUCCACUGGAUAUUCCAACUGUUGAAGUCCCCCCAUUCGAGUCCGAGGAGUCCUGCUCUGCACCUCUGAUUACUGAGAUCCCCAUCUCUGCAGAGCAUGAGCUCCAGAAGCCUGUUGAUGUUGGACUGAUUCCUGCGAGUCCUCCUGGGGAGAGUCAAGUCUUCAGUGCUGAACCCGAGGUUAACAUCCCCACCGAGACCCUUACAGCCACGGAUCCCCCAUCUCAUGUUGAAGCUGAUAUCAGCUUUGUUCCAGACAGCACAGAGUCACAAAGCCCAGUCCCCGAGAGCCUGGUGACAGAACAUCCUACUGAUGAAAGUCCUGCACCAGAGACCAUUGGUUCAGCUGAGGCAGAUGAGGAGGCGGCUGUUAAAAAUGAGCCCGCAAAGCCAUCGGAGCCAGUGAGGGAAGAUGAGAGAGACGAUGAAGAAGAGCCUUCCAUUAGGUAUGACUCGGGUGACACAGGCAGCUUUGAUGAUGGACUGCGGCGGAGAAAUGUGCCCACCUUUGAGGCACAGAGACCAAGAACAUCAGACGAGGAGGAUGAGGAAGAGGAAGUAGAAUUCAAGCUGGCUGAGAAGAAGGAGGAAAAGCCAUGGUUCUCCUUGAACAAAUGCAUUGUGGGUGCUCUGGUCUUGCUAUUUCUAGGUUCCCUCUUUCUCUCAGGUGACUUUGACGCCUCCGAUCUGAGUGACGGAGAACAAAGCCAGGACGGGCUUAGCAGUGAUCCACAGGAUAUGAAAGAGCUAUUGGAUAAACUGACACAGGAAAACCAACAAAUCGUUCAGCUAGAGGCUCAACUUCAGUCUAAGAAAGAAGAACUUGACUCUGCACUGAAGGCGUUAGCAGCAAGUGACGAUAAAAAGGGUGAAGCAGAUCUGGAAAAAGAAAAUGCAAAGCUGAAGGAGGAGCUGUCAUCUCUGCCAGAGCUGAAGAGAGAGCUCGAGACUCUCAGAGCCAGAGUGACUGAACUCAGCCAGCUCGCAGCUGAUCAGGAAAUACUUCCAGCUGCAUCUAGUUCGGCCCCACAGCCUGAAGACAAAGAUGGUCAAAGUAACCAGAAAACACCUGGACCAGAGAGGGGGAGGGACACAAAGCAGGGAGGAAGGCUGAAGGAAGAACUCCAGCGGCAGAAGGUUCUUUUGGAGGAGAGCAAGAAAAGGCUGGACGCAAUGAAAAAAGAUGGAGGCAAGAGAAAACAGGUCAGGGAUCACUUGGAGGAGAUCCAAAAGAAACUCUCCAAAGAAGUUGAGAUGUGGGGGAAGAAGAAGCCCCAGGAGUCCAAAUGGAAAGGGAACAAAGGCAAACACAAUGAGCGGGACCACUACAAGAAAGAGGAGAGGGGAGGAGAGAAAGGGUGGCAGCACAACAACGAGGGAGAAUGGAGGGACAAAGAAGAGAAGAAGCAGAGAAAGGGGGAAAAAGAGUGGAAAGAUAAGGAGGGCGAAUGGAGGCACAAAGACGAGAGGGAGGGACGAGGAAAAAAAGAGUGGAAAGACAAGAAGGAGGAAGAAUGGAGGCACAAAGACGAGAGGGAGCAAAGAGGAGAAAAACAGUGGAAAGACAAGAAGGAUGAAGACUGGAGACACAAAGACGAGAGGGAGCAAAGAGGAGAAAAACAGUGGAAAGACAAGAAGGAUGAAGACUGGAGGCACAAAGACGAGAGGGAGCAAAGAGGAGAAAAACAGUGGAAAGACAGCAAAGAGGAAGGGUGGAGAGACAAAGAGGAGAAGAACGAGAAAGACUGGAAGCCUCAAAAGCAAAACUCUCAUAAAGAGGCUUGGAGGAAACACCAGGAUGAGUGGGAGAGCAAGAAGGGUGAGAGGAGAAUGGACAGAGAGGAGAGGAGGAAGGAGAAACCGUGGCACAGCCGGUCUGCUAAAAACCACCAGCACCAACAUCACCAUCAGCAGCCUCGCCAUCCUCAUCAGCACCACAACAACGAUUUCUGGAGAGACCAGGAGCGAAAGCUCCAACGCAAUGUCCGUCCCCAGCUGGGCUGCACUUCCAUGGAGGACUGCGCCAGCAAGGAGGGGCUCUAUCCAGUGGAGCUGUCCGAGUUUGAGGAACUUCUGGAGGGCUACCUGAGCAAGCUUGAAAGGUCAUCAUCAGAGAGCAAGGAUAGGUUCAGGAGGCUGACCGCAGACUACUUUGAGGACGGCGUGUUCAUCCACGACAGGAUUCGUUUCAGCGACUUUGCUGAGGACGUGGCAGACAUUUUGGAAGACAUGGUGGAUGUUUUAGAGGGCGACGGGAAGAAGGACGACGACUCCCUGGAGGAGGAGAUGGAGGAGUUUGAGCGAGAAGCCCUGUGGAAGUUUGCUGCCACGGCUUAAAAAACGGACGCAGAGAGGAAACCAGUGGUGGUUUUAUAGGACAUUUCUUGCCUACCUUCUCUUCGGAGCUGUAAUAGUAGUAGCUUCUGGCACAGAGUGGUCGUGCCUCUCAUAAACAUGUCUCUCUGAGUCUGUAAUUAUAAGCUAGACUUGUAUUCGUCAUCUUGGACUUAGUCGUUGUUACCUACCUCUGUCGAGUCAUGCCUCCUAAAGCAAAGUCCUUCAGUAAUGUGUUGUGUGAAUUUCCUCUGCUGUUUAGUGCUUUACACACGUGUAGUGCAUGUUACAGUUCAUUAUAAUGUCAGUUUAAAUCGAUCACACAGAUCACAGAAGAUGGUAUUUGCAAAUAACCAUCAGCACAGCUUAUGUACCGUUAUAUAAGUUGUGAAUAGAAAAAAAGGGGGGUUUAUUUGUAUGGGAGCCUGACUAAUCUUUACUCCAAGCAGGUUAAAAAAAUACUGAAAUGUUUUUGCAGAUAGGAUUUAUCCCUGCUCGGGUGUGACUGUCCAAUCCCAGAGGAUGAGAUCCCGGUCCUUUCAGUGAUAACAAUCAGAUCAGGUCGGACCAGUUUUCUGUCAGCAGCUCUUUAUUUGGCCAAACACACACAGAGGACUGCCUGAGAGGGCCUGAUUUCUAGAUUUGAAGAACUUUUCCAUCCUCUUGGCCGACGGCAGACGUGUGGAACAACCAGGAACCGGUUUGUGCUGCUCAAGAAAAAAAAGCAAUAGGGCGACGCGAUAGCCAUAGUUAAGUUAAGUUGAAUAUUGCUAAACCACUUUAGCACUUUUCUCAAACAUCUGAGAAACGGCUUCUUUCAUUUUUUUGUUUCCAAUUAGAUUUAUUUUAAAUAGGUGGGGUUUUUUUGUUUGUUUGUUCUUUGUUUUUUUAGGACAGGUUUUUUUUUGUUUGUUUGUUUAUUUGGUAGUGUAUCCAUGGGGACCACUAACACCGCUACUCUUACUCAGUAUCCCACAAUCUGAGUAAAAUUAGAGACGUUAGUGAGCUGAAGUAGUUUCAUUUAGUAUAUCUGUUAAUUUGCCAAAAUGAAAUUGGCAACAAAACAAGUAUAUAUACAUAUUUUUUCCUUUUUUUCUCACGCAUAGAUAUGAAGUGGCAUGCGUGGCAGUUACCUAGACAUAGCUUUGUUGCUUUUAGGUGAUAUAAAUAAGCACGAAAAAAAAACCCCAAACAUUUCAUUUAAUUUUAUUUUUAAUUUUAUUUUAGUGUAGGUAGGUGAAACAACACAAAGCAAAGUCCAAAAUAUAUUUCAGAAUUACUUUAAAAUUGUGAAAAAAUAGUUGUUUUAUUUGUAUUUUGAUUGUAGUGAAAUUUGACUUUUCCCUCUAUUUGUGGAUGUGAAGUUGAACAGAUUGUGAUUGUUUUUCUCUCAACAGUGAUUUCAUGUUUAUUUAUUGUCUCACUACAGUGCAUCUCUUUUUCUUAUUUUAACGAGAAGAACCACAGAUUUUCUCCCAGGCCGAAUGCAUUGAAUGUGAAAAUGGUGACAUUUUCAUUUAUUUAGCUUGCCAGCUCCUGCUUAUGUGCCUUUUAUUAUAUUACAAAUCCUUUUGAUUAGACGAGAGGUAGAUGAUUUUAUUUGCUUCUGCAAAGAUUAAUAAGAGAAAACAAGUUUACACGACUUGUAAUUUUACUGCUGUUUGAAUGAAUGUCGUAGAGUUUACACACAAAAUGUUGAGCUGAUUUUAAGUUUUGGAGAUGGAUGUUUUGUCUUUUUGAAGGUGUCCAGACCAAAGGAUUCAGAAGAACGCUAAUCACAACAGAUGGAUCUUUUAAUGAAGCAGACUUUAAUGAAUAUUUGAGGAGUAUUUUUUUGUCUUUGUGGGACAACAGUAGGGCUGUGUGCGUACUGAUAAUGUAGGACCUGACUCAAACAUGCAUGUAAUCGAUCCCCCGAUCAACAGUUAUGUCCUCAUUUUGAAGGUCAAUAUUAAGUUCAAUAAAUCUUUCACCCUUGAUACGUAAA